AAACUGGAAAAGAAAAAUACCCAGGAGAAAAUUCAAAAAAAAAUGAACUAAAAGAAAAAAUUAAAAAACUUAAAGAAAAAAUUUCUCAACUAAAACAGAAAUUGCAAAAAGAAAAAGAAAGAAAAAAUGAAAUCGAAUCUUGGUCUUUGUGGAUUGAAGACAUGAAUAUCGAAAAUCAUGAACUUGAUAUUCUUAAAGAAAAAGAAUAUAAAUUUAAACAAUCCAUUCAAAAUACACCAAUCAAAAAUGAUAAAAUCAAAAUUAUUAACAAUUUUACCAACAAAAUAUAUGAAAUCUCUGAAGAAAAUUCUGAUAUCAAUGAUGAUAUCAAUGAAAUUGUUGAAACUACAGAAGAAAAUUCUAAUUCUGAAACAGAUAAAGAAGAAAAUUCUGAAACUUCUGAAUUAGAAAUCAUUAAUUUCAAUACUAAAAAUAACUCUUUUUACGAUUAUAAUUAUUUUAAUUUUAAUGAUUUUAACAAUAAUGUAAUCAUGCCAAAAUGUUUAAACAACCAUGCCAGAUUGCUAUUUCUAUACUAG